GAGGAAGCUUCUUGCACAUCAGAAAAACCCGUCUUUGUUCUACUGUGCUUCUCUUCAUAAUCAUCUAUUUCUUCUUGCAUCUUACAUGCUUGCUGAUAUUCCUCUGAGAAUCUCUUGUCUUAAAUUUCAAUGUCUCUGUCUUUAGAACACGAUUACAUAGGCUUAUCGGAUGCCUCUUCUUCUUCCUCGUCUUCCUCCACUCUCACUGCUGAAGAAGUUGAGAAAUCCAGCAAUGCUCUCAACCUCAAGGAAACAGAGCUGAGGCUUGGGUUGCCUGGAUCUGUAUCACCUGACAGAAAGGGUGUGCAGGAUAAGAGCGUGUACGGCCUUGGCUUACUGAAGAAGAGAGGGUUCUCGGAUGCUAUUGAUGGAGAUGGGAUGUGGGUUUUUGCUGGGGGGAAUGGGUCUGAGGCUGAUUUGGGAAAAGGGGGCGUUUUGUUCUCUCCGAGAGGCGGGAAUGCUGCGGCAGAAGAGUUGGGUCGGACUCCCGCGUUGAAAGAUUGUGGCUCGUCGCAGAAGCCCGCAGCUGGCGUCGUCUUGCAUGAGAAGAAGCCUCAGAUUUCUGCUGCAAAUGAGCCUGCUGCCAAGGCGCAGGUUGUUGGUUGGCCCCCAAUUCGAUCUUUCCGGAAGAACACAAUGGCUACAAACCUGGCAAAGGAUAUUGAGGAUGCUGACAGUAAUGCCGGAAGUGGGUGUAUGUAUGUUAAGGUUAGCAUGGAUGGUGCUCCGUACCUUAGGAAAGUCGACCUAAAAACCUAUGGCAACUAUAAGGAACUCUCGUCGGCACUUGAGAAGAUGUUUAGCUGCUUUACCCUUGGGCAGUGCGGUUCUCAGGGAGUACCUGGCAGAGAUGGGCUCAGUGAGAGCCGAUUGAUGGAUCUUCUUCAUGGGUCGGAGUACGUGCUCACUUAUGAAGACAAGGAUGGAGAUUGGAUGCUUGUUGGUGAUGUUCCAUGGGAUAUGUUCACUGCCUCUUGCAAGAGGCUGAGGAUCAUGAAGGGUUCAGAGGCAAUCGGACUAGCCCCAAGGGCCAUGGAGAAGUGCAAGAACCGGAACUAACGGCGCAACAACCACGAUUGAAUUCAGAAGCCAAAGAUUUUGAAGGGCCAUUUCGAAACGGAGAGGCCUAGAAGGAUUUAAACUACGGUUUUCUUUCCCAAUCAUAUUCCUUUCUUCUUCUUCUUUUUUUUAAAACUUUUAUUUGAUAUUGGCUUUUAAAAUGGACCAAAACAUGUAGCGAGUAACAUUUCAUAGAGACCGGUUAUCAAGUUGUCUACCGAAGUCUUUGUA